UACAGUAUCUGCUUCUUUAUCAUAGGAAUCAACUAUUUCUUUUUUUGUGACUGGUUAUGCCUCCCAACAGCUCGCUGAGGACAAUAUCCAGCUGUACUGCUGAUCUGACAGCGAUGUUUAUUGAUUGUUUGUGGAGCAGUUGCCCGUGAUUUAUAAGGCUCGUGUGUGUGGCAGCCGAAAAUCUCUGAGCAGCUUUGGGUAUUUUCAACAACGCCAAUCAAUUAAGAACGGGAACUAUGAGCUGGAAUUCUCUUCAGAUUAUGGAAGUACUAAAGAAUCCAGGGGGUCGUUAAAACUGUUUGGAGUUGGAGGAAAAGUCCAACUGGUUUCCUUGCUUUUUUUGCGGGAAGUCGGACGUGUUUAUUUUUUCGGAUAAUAAUCGGAAAAAUUAGGGAGCGCUGUCCACUCCAGAUCGCAUCUGAUGGCUGAAAGUAAUAGCGAAUAUAAUCGCGAAUUACAUCGAGAACUGGCGAAUUGCCCUCCUAAUUAACCAACAAGAUUUUAUGAACGCGGAUUUCAGCGCCUUGAAAAUUUGGAUUCCGUAUUGCAAUAUCUGCGCCAAUCAUCACCGCAACGGGAUUUAUUUGAGCGAUCAAUUAUUACGAUUCAAGAUUAUAAUAACCAUUAAAGGGAGAAGAUGCCGUUUCACCAUGUGACGGCAGGACUUCUGUACAAGGGGAACUACUUGAGUCGCUCUCUGUCUGACCACAGCAAUAGCGAGCAGCUCGUCAGCAUCUCUGUGGAGGAACUAGAUGAGAUCCGGGAGGCAUUCAGGGUCCUGGAUCGGGAUGGCAAUGGCUUCAUCUCCAAGCAAGAGCUUGGCAUGGCCAUGCGCUCACUAGGGCACAUGCCCAGUGAAGUAGAGCUGGCAAUAAUCAUGCAGAGAUUGGACAUGGAUGGUGAUGGACAGGUGGACUUUGAUGAGUUCAUGACGAUACUCGGACCUAAGCUCCUCUCCUCUGAAACACGGGAAGGUUUCCUCGGAAACACAAUAGACACCAUAUUCUGGCAGUUUGACAUGCAGCGGAUAACACUGGAGGAGCUGAAGCACAUCCUCUUUCAUGCCUUCCGAGACCACCUGACGAUGAAAGACAUCGAGAACAUCAUCAUCAAUGAGGAGGAGAGUUUGAACGAGAACUCGGGGAACUGUCAGACAGAGUUUGAGGGAAUUCAUCCCAAAAAGAAAAACCGGCAGACGUGCGUGCGCAAGAGCCUGAUCUGCGCUUUCGCCAUGGCCUUCAUAAUCAGCGUCAUGCUUAUCGCAGCCAAUCAGAUGCUGCGCAACGGCAUGGAGUAGCAACACCACUGUGAGCGGGGCGGAGCCUGCAUGUGCAUGUCUGUCGAUGAAGUCAUUUCCUGAAACAAACAAAACCAAACACCUCACAACUGAAAAGAGGAGCUUUUUAUUUUUUUGUAUUUUUUUUUUUUCUCACUCUAUUUUUCCACACGGACCAAGCGACAUGUGUGCGGCAAGCAAAGCCAGCAUGUUUCUCUCUGGCAGGGACUUUAAAGGGCUGACUUUCUGCUUUUCGUGGCACCUCUGUUCCCUAAUGCAAUAAUGUGCAGGAGUUCAUAAGCACCUCUUUUGCAUUGCCGUCUCCUCCAUGGCUCAGAUUUCAGCAGGGAUUUGUUGAUGAGCUUCGGCAGGGCUCAGGCCUGCUGUCGAUGUAGGAAGGCAAAAGUAAUUGGCAACUCAUUACAUUUUUGUGGAGGGGAGUUGCAGCAUCCAUUCCACAGACUAUUUCUGUCUGCUUUAGCCAGAGUGCGUUUCUGGUUCUGGGGAUGGUGGGAGGCUGGAGAAAGAGUGCUCUCUGUAGUCCAUAAUUAAAUCCAUAUUUGUCGGCUGUACAAAUCCAUAAACCUGACUCAUAGUUUUGAAUCAUUUCGAAUGUGUUUUGCUGUUUGUGUAAGGAGAAAACUCAGAUCUCAUCUUCCCUUGUCUAAUGCUUUUUCUAAAGUGGGUUUGUUAUGAGUAGAAGAUAUGUAUGGAAUGUAAAACCUGCCAAUAUUAAAUAAA